GGGCCUCCCACUCGCCACUUCCGCUCGUCGGCCUAAAACCGCGCCUGCGCACUGCGUCUCUUCCUCUCUGGGCUGGGACCUAGUUCGCGGCGACAUGGCCAAACGCACCAAGAAGGUCGGCAUCGUCGGCAAGUACGGGACCCGUUAUGGGGCCUCCCUCAGGAAGAUGGUGAAGAAGAUUGAAAUCAGCCAGCACGCCAAGUACACUUGCUCCUUCUGCGGCAAGACCAAGAUGAAGAGACGAGCCGUGGGCAUCUGGCAUUGUGGCUCCUGCAUGAAGACGGUGGCCGGGGGAGCCUGGACCUACAACACCACUUCUGCCGUCACAGUCAAGUCUGCCAUCAGAAGACUGAAGGAAUUGAAAGACCAGUAGAAGCGCCACCAUUUGAAACGUUGCUAGCCUAUAAUAAAUGGGUUAAUUUAUGUAACAAGA